AUGAACAACAUUUUCAAUGAUAAUUCAUAUGAUGAAAAUGUUCUAAAACAGAUUUUUCCACAAGUCAACAGUCUUAAAGAGAGUGUCAUUUUUGUUAGUUUCCUUUUGUCGAAUAUGCCAAACUUGCAACAGUUAAAGACGAACACGACAACAGACGAGAUCAAAGUUUGUUUGUCUUUCAUCAGUGUUCUUAAUCUUUGCCAAACACCAGAACAGCGUACUAUGAUAUGUAACUCUGUUUUAGACCAAGUUCGAAGUGAAAACACUAAAUAA